AUUUAAAAAAAAAACACUUGAGUGCAGUAUUUGUUUUGUAACUGUACAUCACACCCAAUUUUAAAAUAACCGCUCGUAUUAAUUGUAGUUGAAAAUAAAAUGGCCAGAACUUUUAUGUCCAGGCUCUGGCUUUAUUUGACUGCUGCAGCCGUAUUCAUACUAAUACUAAUAAUCAUUAAAGGUAUCAUCUAUUCCAUCAUUGAAGACUCGUUGCCGUCCGCAGAAGACCCGAGCUUUGUUCCGGGUGCAAAGUCAAUAUUCUUCCACGACACAUCUUGCCGAGGCGGCCUGACUAUACGUCAAGCGUGUUCGGUAGAAGCAGCCGCCAGAGCACACCCUGAGCACAUUAUCUACGUGCUGUUCAGCUGUCCAGUCACCAACUACGCGCAGAAGACGACCUGCCUCGCGACGCUCCUCGAAUUCCCCAAUGUGAAGUUUCUGAGAGUCGACAUUACUGAAUUUUCCAAAGGAACAGCCGUGCAGUCUAUAGUACUCAACGAUAUAAAACUUGGUCUAUACCCAAAACAGCAUGCAGCCGACAUACUGAGAAUGUUGACUCUCAACAAAUGGGGUGGCAUAUAUCUGGACACAGACAUGAUUGUGACGAGAUCUUUAGAGCAUUUUCCGAAGAAUUUUGUCGCUAAAGAAAAUCUAAAUGACGUCGCUUCGGGCAUCUUGUCUUUUGCAAAAGACGGAAUUGGUGCCAACAUAACUAAUAAAAUUCUCGAAAUCAUGGGCCAAGACUAUAACCCAACGGGUUGGUCAACUUUUGGUCCAGCAGCCAUAGACAAGGUGCUGAAAAUGUCCUGCCCUCAGCUGAUUCACUCGGCCAACUACCAGACAGCCCCCAUGAGUAACUGUCAUGGCAUUACAGUGUUCACCUCCGAGUUGUUCUAUCCAUAUUACUACACGGAGAUCGAAGAUAUAUUUAGUGCUCCAACAGAAGAUUUCCACUUGGAAGAACCUUACGCUUACCAUAUGUGGGACUUCGUGACGCAUAACAUAUCUAUUCACAAAGACACGGUGUACGAAAUUGUUGCUGGCGCCUUCUGCCCUACGAUCCAUGACACGUACAGAGAUGAAUUUUGUGUAGUAGUUUGAGCAGUAGAUUUAGUGGUUUGGAAUAUACAUAUUAUUUUCUGUUUGCCAGAGCUUUGUUUCACUUUGGUGCGCAACCAUUUUUCUGUAGAAAUUAUUUUUGAAGCGUGAUUUGUAUCUUCAGUGAUAUAUUUUUAUUUUGCUGUUUCUUUAAACUAACUUAAAGUUUAAAUGACGCAAAAUAUUCACAACAUCAUAACAUAACAUUUGACACAACACAUAACAUUUGACAUUAACGAUAGGCUGAUGAUGAUGAUGAUGAUGAUAACAUUUGACAAACAAACAAAUAACAUUUGAGCGUAAUAUUAAUGAAGGUAUCUAAUUACAUUACCUAAGUAGGUAGGUACUACUAGGUAUGCAUUGGGAAACUAAUAAAUAUUGUGCAUUUACGUUUUAUGUGUUUUUUUUUUUUUUAUCAAACGGUUUUAUUUAGCUCACCCCGUUUGUUUUAUUAUUUUAUUCUUGGGUCAAAUUUAGUAAUUCAAAUUUCACCUUCUUUCUGUCAACCGAUUAAUCUGAAAUUUUGUAUACUUACACCUUUAAUACUGAUGACAAUACAAUAUAGUAAUAUCAAUAACAUUGUAAAUCCAAUAUGGCCGCCGGCACAAAAUGGCGGAUUACCUAUUUUUCCACAACCCCUUCAAUAUGGGUAUCAAAUGAAAGGGCUACACAAGUAGAAUACUGUCAGCAACCCCAGCGGAGCCCAACAAGGCCAAGGCCUGCCUGUUCGAAAUUGUUCGAAAGAGUUACCGUGGCCCAGGUAUCUACAUUCAAGGCCUACGACGAAACAUAACUGUUUUUAGUCAGUAAGAGUCUGGCACUCCCUUACCGCUGCUGACCCAGGGAGGGGUCACUACUAAAAACUAGAAAAUAAAAAAUCCGUAAAAAAACUAAGUUAAACGGUUUUAUUUUAUGUGCACUGAAAACUAGAAAAUAAAAAAAAAAUACUUACCUG